AUGUUCUUGAUGACAAUACUCUUCACCUCUGCAAGCUUCCUGGUCCUGGGGGUCAGUGUAUGGGUUCUCAUAAAAGAGAUCUUCACUGUACAUGUUCCUCCUCCCAUCCCCCAACGAGUGAAAUUUCACAUGCUCCACUACUUCUUCCAGCUGACAAUAGCACUGGGGAAUGUACUGGAGAAGAUGAAAAUUUGCCCCAUGCCCCGCUUUUUCCGCUUUAUACAAGACCUCUUGGUGACAAAGAAUAACUUUGGUGUGUUAGUGAAGAACAUGCAUUUUGGUACAAUUCCUGUGAGACUGUUUCAGCCCAAGACAACUUCCUCUGGCCCCCGGAAAGGCAUCAUCUUCUACCAUGGAGGAGGUGGUGUGUUUGGUAGCCUUGAUUCUUACCACAACACUUGCAGUUACCUGGCCCGGGAGACAGAUUCGGUGGUACUGGCAGUGGGGUACCGAAAACUUCCUGACCAUCAUCACCCUACUGCUUACCAGGAUUGCCUGAAUGCCACAGUUCACUUCUUGAAAGAACUUAAAGCCUAUGGCGUAGACCCGGCACGGGUGGUGGUUAGUGGAGAAAGCAUUGGAGCUGGGGCUGCGGCCAUUAUUGCUCAGGUGGUAUUGACUAGAAAAGAUCUUCCCCAGUUUCGGGCUCAAGUCCUGAUUAAUCCAGUCGUCCAGGGGAUCAAUUUUCAGUUACCAUCUUACCAGCAGUAUUCAAAUGCUCCAUUUCUCUCUAGGAAAUUUUUAAUGACUUGUGCGUGUAAGUAUCUGGCCAUUGACCAGUCUUGGAAGGAUGCCAUGUUGAAAGGUACUUUUAUACCCCCAGACUACUGGAAAAAGUAUGAGAAAUGGCUCAGCUCUGACAACAUCCCCCAAAGAUUCAAGAGCCAAGGCCGACAACCUGAGUUUCCUGGGUCUUUUAAUGAGUCUGCUUUUUUGGAGACCAACAUUGUUUUCAGGUUAGAAAUUUCACCUCUCCUGGCAGAUGACCAGACCAUUGCUCAGCUUCCUGAAACCUUCCUGGUGAGCAGUGAGUAUGAUGUUCUCCGUGAUGACACUUUACUCUACAAGAAGCGAUUAGAGAGACAGGGGGUUCCUGUGACAUGGUGCCAUUUGGAAGAUGGUUUUCAUGGAUGCAUAGUUUUAUUUGAUAAGAACACUCUCUCUUUUCCUUGCUCAAAAAAGGCUAUGAGCUCUACAGUCAGUUUCAUAAAGGGCAUUUAA